CUACAAAUUUUGUUCUCUGAUCUUUCGUAGUCCAACGUGGGUGCUUCAAGCAUGCAAGGUCCUUCAAAUAGUGUAAUUGUUCCAUGGAUCAAUAGUUGUGAAUUUGAGGCAGUAUACCAUGGGUUAUUUGGUGGUUGUACAUCAGCACAAAAACAAGCCUUAGCAAGAAUCAAUGUCUGGAAAAGCAGAUGUAUUCUGCCUGUUGCUGUAGAAAGUACAGAGGCGCUGAUUAAAGUUUUUAUAAAUGAACAUGAAGGAAAGAAAUCUGGUCAGAAUAUGGAAGAUUCAAUCAGGAAUGCAUACAGUUUAGCCAUUAUUAGGUUUGUGAAUCAUAUAACAGAAAGAAGCCAAGUGAAGCAGUAUAUGCAGGCUGUUCAUAGACUUGCUGGAGAGUUGGGAGUUCCAGAAUGGAUAGUCAAUUUAAGACAUGAUGCUACACAUGGUCGUCUGCCAUCAUUAGAUUUACUGAAGACAGCUGCAGACUGGUGUAUUCAGUGGUUAAAGGAUGAAUAUUGGGAAAAGCAGAUGGCAGGUAUGGCUUUCCAACAAGACCAUCCAUUGAAAGAUAAAGACAGCAAAGUCAAAGAUAAUAUCUCAGAUAUGCUUAGUAGUUUUAAAAUUAAGAAGUCACUUACAUCAAAGAAAAGGGGAAGUAAGACAACACAAAUAUUGAAGAAUGUGGAAGUAGAAUUAUUACGCAAUAGGCAGAAAGCUGUAACAUCAAUGUCAAAAAUUAUUGAAAGUCAAGUUAAAAAAAAUGUUGAUGCAGAAGACAUUUUAUCUUUCUGGAAGCCAGUUCUUAAGAUUUAUCACCAGUGUGGUUUAACAUUGUCCAUGCUGAAGUGUUUACCUGUUACCGAUGGUUUUUGUGGAAUUAUUUCAUCGUUUCUUUACCACCUGGCUGAUACAGGAGGUUUGAACCAAAUAGUGGAGUACUUUGAUUUUGUAUUGAAUAGUCUUGACCAAUACAGUGUACUGUGUCUUCUGCAGAAACUUGAUCUUAAUUACCUGCUACCUGAAAAUAAGGCUGAUCAGCUGACACAAAUAAUGGAUAUCUAUUCAUCACAUGAUAAUUCCAUUCAAAAAGAGGAAAUUUACCAUGUGACAGAUUUGCCAGUAGGUGAAGUAAAAGAAACUAGUUCAGAAUCAUGGAAAUUAUUUACAGACCUUGUAAACUGGAAUGAGUUUCCUAUUGGUUGUAUACCAGGUUGUAAUAUUACAUAUGACAGUUUAAGGUUAGGAGAUACAAUACCUGAUGACAAAGUAGAAGAGGGUUCAGAUCAGAGAACUGUAGAUGCCAUGGAAUACACACAAGACUCCAGUUUUACCAUGUCCACUGUUGAAGAUUCAUUUCCAAAGAACACUUGGACUCAACAAGAGAUGAAUAAAAUUCAAAAUCUCAUACAGAUUUUAUGACACAAAAACUAAUAAAAUUUUUUAAUUCAAA